GAUCCACUUUGCUCGUGUGUCCGAUCACCAUGGUGCUGGGAUCCGGCGUCGAAGGGAGAUACCCGUCGGCUGUCUGCACACUGCAUGGCGCUUAGCCGAAUGCUAGUCAUCUUUAUUGAUUGUCAAGGGUAGUUAUCAGCCAAGUCUUAAGGCCCUUGGCCCUUUCACUCUUGCCCGCUGGCUAGCAUUGCAACCUUCUCCUUUGGAACCAAACAACCAAUCACCAACAAUGCUUUCCGAAACAGACAUCAAGCCAUGGCUCCGCACAGCAGCGCCCCCAUAUCUUCUCCACAACGCCUCCAUCGUCGACGUCUCCUCUGGUGAAAUCCACCCAAACACCUCUCUUACCAUUGAAAACGGCAAAAUCACCUCCAUCGCACCCGCCACAGCAACCCCCCAACCCCCCACCGGCCACACGCUCGUCGACUGUACCGGGAAAUUCGUAUGUCCGGGCCUUAUAGACAGCCAUGUGCACCUCAUCGCCGUCCCCGGCUUCGACACGCUCGCCUCCGCAUUUGGAAACCCAGAGUCCGUGAGCCUGCUGCGCCAGCCGUACGUGUGCGCGCAGAUGCUGCACCGCGGAUUCACCAGCAUCCGAGACUGCGGCGGCGCACACGCAGCGAUCAAAGACGCGAUCGCCGACGGCGUCUUCGCGGGCCCGCGGCUCUUCAUCGCAGGCCACGCGCUCAGCCAGUCCGGCGGCCACGCCGACUUCCGCGGCAAACACGUGCUGGAGGCGUGUUGCGGCGGGCACGCGACGGGGAUCGGCCGCGUGUGCAACGGCGUGCCGCAGUGCAUGCAGGCCGUGCGCGAGGAGAUACGGACGGGCAGCGACUUCAUCAAGAUCAUGGGGUCUGGGGGCGUGAGCAGCCCCACGGAUAAGAUCACGGAUUUGCAGUUCACGCCCAAGGAGAUCAGGGCCAUGGUGCAGUGUGCGCGCAAUGCGGGGACGUAUGUGACGGCGCAUGCGUACACGGCGGAGGCGAUUCGGCAUUGUAUUGAUAACGGGGUGAAGGGGAUUGAGCAUGGGAAUUUCCUUGAUGCUGAGACGGCGGCGCUGAUGGUGGAGAAGGGGUGUUUUUUGACGCCGACGCUUAUCACGUACGACCAGAUGGCGUCGCCGAAGUGGAAAGGCUACCUUCCACCUUCGGAGACGUCGAAGAACCUCGAGGUUCUUGAUGCGGGGUUGAAGGCUCUGAAAGUCGCGUCGGACGCUGGUGUGACGAUCUGUUUUGGGACCGAUCUGCUGGGUCCCCUGGGCGCUGCACAAACACACGAGUUCAACUUGCGGUCGAAAGUACUCUCACCUAUCGAGGUUCUGCGGAGCGCGACACUCAAUCCAGCGCGGAUGUUUGGCCGAGAGGACAGUCUUGGGCAGAUCAAGGAAGGGUUUGAAGCGGACUUGCUGAUUCUGGCUGCAAACCCACUAGACGACAUUACGAUCCUUGACAAGCCAGAGACGCAUGUGAAAGCCGUGAUGAAAGAAGGCCGGGUGUACAAGAGUCGCUGGGCUGGUAUUGCCGAGGACUCUACAGCCGUUCGAUUAAGGCCCGCUCUGUAAAUUAAGAUGAAAACAUAUUUAACAUAUUUCCAGUCGAUCAGAGUCGCAUCGGAGGAAUUCCGUACGUGGAGGCAGAUGAUACACCCUGGCACUCAACACUAUACUUCAUACGGCUCACUGGAUCUCCUCUCGUGCUAUGAAUGUAUUGAGUGAGAUGCAGAUGCGCAGAGAAUUACGGCACCCAUACGUACGUUCCCACUCAAUCCUGAAAGCCAAAUCCCAUCAUAUCAAACCCAGUCAGCCCCAUAAGAAACAUCGU